AUGGGGGCCCCGGGCAGGGGUUUGGGCGCGGAGGGGGGUUUGAAGGCGGGUUCCAUCCUGGCGCAGGGUUUGGGGGGCGAGGGGAGUAUGGGGGACGGGGGGAGUAUGGCGGAAGGGGGGACUAUGGUGGCGGGCGGGGCGGAGAUUUCGGUGGCAGAGGCGGGUUCUUUGAUGUCAUCCCCCCUCAUUCCCAACACCCCUGCCUUGUAUGCAGCGCGCAGGAUGCAGCGCAGAGGGAUGCAGAGGCGAACGGUGGACUACAGCGCCACGGUGGCGCUCUAUCUGCACGAACGCGCACGCCAGUGGGACGCACGUCACACCUCUCACCUCCUGCCCACCUCCUCCGCCUCGCUCAAGCUGCUCCCCUGCAUGGCCUACGAGGACCGCCCAGCAGCCAGCAUCGCGUCUCGCUUUGUGCACGCCUCCACCAACAAGAUCCGCUGCCCCAUCAACCAAGUCGUGUGGACGCCCACAGGGCGGCGGCUGCUGACAGGGUCACAGAGCGGCGAGUUCACGCUGUGGAACGGGCUGUCCUUCAACUUCGAAAUGCUCAUGCAGGCUCAUCAGGUGGCGGUGAGGAGCAUGGUGUGGAGCCACAACGGCAACUGGCUGGUGUCAGGGGACGACUCAGGAUGCAUCAAGUACUUCCAGACCAAUCUGCGCAUGAUGAAGGAGAAUGCCACCGCCCACAAGGAGUCCGUGCAGGGCGUCAGCUUUUCAAGCUCCGAUCUCAAGUUCUGCUCGUGCUCUGACGACACGGCAGUGAAGGUGUGGGACUUUGCGCGCUGCCAGGACGAGGUCACCCUCGCAGGCCACCGCUGGAACGUGCUGUGUGUCGACUGGCACCCCUUCAACUCCCUCAUCGUCUCGGGUGGCAAGGACACACACUCAAAGCUCUGGGAUGCACGCACAGGACGGGAAGUAUGCACCCUGUAUGGGCACAAGCGCACGGUGCGGUCAGUGGCUUGGAACCAGAACGGCAACUGGCUCGCCUCGUCCUCAGACGACCAGCUAGUGAAGCUGUACGACAUUCGCACGCUCAAGGAGAUGGAGACGUUCAAGGGUCACACGAAAGAGGUGUCGUCCAUAGCAUGGCAUCCCGUGCACGAGGACCUGCUCGCCAGUGGCGGCUCUGACGGGAGCAUUCUCUUCUGGCUUGUGGGGUGA